AUGAAACCUGGCACAGCCUCCGGACAUGAUUUUAUAUCAGCAGACUUUCUUCGGGCUGGUGGCCAUCCGCUUCAUGUAAUCUUAGCAGCGCACAUGACAUCCUACCUUCAGAAAGAAAGAAUCUCAGACCAGUGGAAGACCUCACGAACCGUUCUUAUCCAUAAGAAAGGUGACCGAGAGGACCUUCGGAACUACCGUCCGAUAUGCUUGCUGAGCGUGUUAUACAAAGUAUUCACCAAGAUCAUCCUCACGCGCAUAUCUAGGACGCUGGAUGAAGCCCAGCCUCAAAAACAAGCUGGAUUCCGCCAGGGGUUCAGCUGCUUGGACCACAUCCAGACCGUGUCUAGGGUCAUAGAGGUUUACCGGGAAUACCGCCUGCCCUUUGUUCUAACCUUCGUCGACUAUGAGAAAGUCUUUGACAGCGUAGAAACGAAUGCAUUAUUGUCAGCGCUGGUCGAUCAAGGUGUGGACGCGUCGUAG